GGCGCUUGUGCUGUGGCCGGGGCGGAGGGGAGCGGCAGCGGCGCAGGGUCAGCCUCGGCGGCCGCCAUGCCCGGCAUCGACAAGCUCCCCAUCGAGGAGACGCUGGAAGACAGUCCCCAGACCCGAUCUUUGCUGGGAGUAUUUGAAGAAGAUGCAGCUGCAAUUUCCAAUUACAUCAAUCAGCUAUUUCAAGCCAUGCACAGAAUAUAUGAUGCACAGAAUGAAUUAAGUGCAGCAACUCAUCUGACUUCAAAGCUUCUGAAGGAAUAUGAGAAACAGCGUUUUCCACUAGGGGGAGAUGAUGAAGUUAUGACUUCCACUCUACAGCAAUUUGCAAAAGUGAUAGAUGAGCUCAGCUCUUGCCAUGCAGUACUUUCAACUCAACUUGCAGAUGCAAUGAUGUUUCCUAUUACCCAGUUUAAAGAAAGGGAUCUAAAAGAGAUACUAACUCUAAAAGAAGUUUUCCAAAUUGCAAGCAAUGAUCAUGAUGCUGCCAUUACCAGAUACAGUCGGUUGUCAAAAAGAAGGGAAAAUGAGAAGAUCAAGGCUGAAGUUAUAGAAGACGUAUAUACUUCAAGGAAAAAACAGCAUCAGACUAUGAUGCAUUAUUUCUGUGCAUUAAAUACUCUUCAGUACAAAAAGAAAAUUGCUAUGCUAGAGCCCUUGCUAGGAUACAUGCAAGCUCAGAUAAGUUUUUUUAAAAUGGGUUCAGAAAAUCUUACUGAGCAAUUGGAAGAAUUUUUGACCAAUAUUGGCACAAGUGUACAGAAUGUUCGCAGGGAAAUGGAGUGUGAAGUAGAAAACAUGCAACAAACUAUCGAGGACUUGGAAGUAGCUAGUGAUCCACUGUAUUUGCCUGAUCCUGAUCCUACGAAAUUUCCUGUUCAUAGAAAUCUAACCCGGAAAGCCGGCUAUCUCAAUGCAAGAAAUAAGACAGGACUGGUAUCUUCCAGUUGGGAGAGACAGUUUUACUUCACUCAAGGUGGAAACCUGAUGAGCCAAGCAAGAGGUGAUGUCGCUGGGGGACUUGUCAUGGAUAUAGACAAUUGUUCUGUAAUGGCUGUGGACUGUGAAGACAGACGCUACUGUUUUCAGAUAACAUCUUUUGAUGGCAAAAAGUCUUCAAUCUUGCAGGCAGAGAGUAAAAAAGAUUAUGAAGAGUGGAUAUGCACCAUAAACAACAUAUCUAAACAGAUAUAUCUAAGUGAAAACCCUGAGGAAAUUGCUGCACGUGUAAAUCAGUCAGCUCUGGAGGCUGUUACUCCAUCUCCUUCUUUUCAGCAGAGGCAUGAGAGCAUGCGGCCAACCGUACAAUCUCGUCCUCCUGCAGCUCGUACUAGCAGCACAGGGUCACUGGGAUCUGAAUCAGCAGCUUUAUCAGCACUUUCCUUGGAUUCACUUGUUGCCCCUGACACUCCUAUACAAUUUGACAUAAUAUCUCCAGUCAGUGAAGAUCUGCCUGGUCAAGCAAAAUCUUCAGGGCAAUCGGGCAGACGCACAAAUCCUUUUGGUGAAUCUGGAGGCUCAAAAUCUGAAACAGAAGAUUCGAUUCUUCACCAGUUAUUUAUUGUAAGAUUUCUUGGCUCUAUGGAGGUGAAAUCUGAUGAAAGUCCAGAUGUUGUUUAUGAGACAAUGCGUCAAAUACUAGCAGCUCGCGCCAUCCAUAAUGUUUUCAGAAUGACAGAAUCACAUUUAUUAGUCACUUGUGACUGUUUAAAGUUAAUUGAUCCACAGACACAAGUUACAAGACUACGAUUUCCUUUGCCCAAUGUAGUCUUGUGUGCUACGCACCAGGAGAAUAAGCGCCUUUUUGGAUUUGUGCUUAGAACUUCAGGAGGGAGAGCUGAGAGUCGCCAAACUUCCGUCUGCUAUAUAUUUGAAUCAAAUAAUGAAGGGGAAAAGAUUUGUGACUCUGUUGGACUGGCAAAACAGAUAGCUUUUCAUGCAGAACUGGAUCGAAAAGCAUCGGAAAAGCAGAAAGAACUAGACAGAGUCAAAGAAAAACAGCAAAAAGAACUGAAUAAACAAAAACAAAUUGAAAAGGACUUAGAGGAACAAAGCCGGUUGAUAGCUGCUUCCAGCAGAUCAAACCAGAGCAGUGGAGAAGGACAGUUCGUAGUCCUUAGCAGCAGCCAGUCGGAAGACAGUGAUUUAGGAGAAGAUGGAAAGAAGAAGAGAGAAUCGGAAGCCUAAGGUUGCCUACUUUAUUAAAAUUGGAAUCAUAGAUAUGUCUGGUGAAAUGGCACAAAUUCUACAAGAAGUGAAAUGUAGGUGGAGGGUCUGUUGUAUCGUAGGAAGGACUUCACAAUAUGUAGACCCUAUUCUGCCUUGAUUUUUCUUUCUUAAUUAAGCGAUUUCCAUUUUCACGUCAGUAUAAUUUCUCUUCUGUAUGCAGAUGAAGCAUGGUGAUGAUACCGUGUCUAUUACAAAGUUAUGUUUUCUCAAGGCUUCUCUGCAGUAUGGGAAAAAUGGUGGGCUUUUCCUCACUUACCUCUCUGUGCAAUUGCCUCCUCUUGAAGACAAACUUAAAACUCGGACUGGAUGUCAGCAGUACACUGAAAUUUGUUCUUUACACUGCAGUGUGGAGAGCACCUUGCUGGAAACAAAAGUGCAUGUCCAAAUAAGACAGUGCUAAGCUUUACCUAAUUUGAUGCACAUAACUGUUCUUAGAUUUAGAAAGAAAAAUCCUUAUUAACAUCAGUGAGAUGUGCAAUAGUUCUAGACAGAAAGAUCCUAUUUUUUUGUUUCAUAUUGCACUGUAUGAUACUGUCUUGAUUUUUUUGGUGAAUAUAAUGCUGAAAGACUUCCUUUGACAGGAGAAAAGUAGUCAAACAUAGGUAAGAGCUGAUGAGCUGCAGUUGCACUUUGCUGCAUGAGGAAUGUAUGAACCAUUCCUUAUCAGAUGAUAAGAAUAAUGUAUAUAUUCUUGUAGCACAAGUGCCAUGUUCUUGGUUUUUCCCCAGUACAUGUAAUAAAAUGCUGUAUGCCUUUGAGUUCACUUUUUAUAAAACAUAUUUAGAGUUGCAGGAACACCUUGAAUUCCAUUAUUUGAAAAAUCUUUGGAAUAUGUAAAUGCCUUGCCACCAGUGUAGUACACUUCUUGAAAAUGAGUUGAAGCUCUUCAAGGCUUUUUAUGGAAAUUGGUUUUGCAAACAGAAUCUACUAGUUCUGGAGUAAGAGAGUAUGCUAAUCCUGCACCCCAGACUCAGUCUCGUAAAGCAGUUUUCAAAGCAGUGUCUGUUUACAGCUUGUAAUCUGAACUCGGUGUUCCAUACCCUGUGUAAUAUUUAUUUUGUAUAGUACUAAAUGUGCAUUCACCUUUUGAUCAAGAAGAGAAAACUUGUUUGAAGAGAAAUAUUUAUUUUUGCACUAAUUACUAUAAAUACUAAAAUCCAGUGGAACAGAUGACAUCUCUCUAUAGUGGCAUGAACAUAACAAGAAAUGUAGAAAGAGAAGGAUACACUUAUACUCCAAGUUGUAACACCACAGUUCUGAGUGUGUUACAGUUCGUUGCAGGGCAGGUCUGGGGGUCAGGGAGGGAAGCCAUUUUCAGAAUAUGGCUCCCUGGGCGGGUGCUAGCCCUGCCCUUCGUCGCUGGAGUUGCUCAGUGCUGAUGAAGCCACUGAGGAAUCUAAGGCCCUUUCUGCCAGCUGGCUGUAGGUGCCUCGGGAGCAGCCCUGCGUUGGCAGGCUGGAGCUGCGACUUUCCAGGCCGCGUUCCCUGCGCCUGGCUCCUGGCACAGGCGGGAGUGGCGCCGGCGCUGCCCCUGCAGCAGGAGCGCUGCCGGCACCGCAGCCUCGGGAAGGGCUGAAAGGAGGUGUGGGAGGCCGAGCAGCAGAGCCUCCUGCUCCUCUUCCCAAGUUAGUUAACAACUCCCGUUCCAAUACAUUUUUCAUCCCCAGAGUAGCCAGUCACUUGCGGAAACACCUGCUUUUGCUGUUGUCCAGUUAGACUAGAUGGCAUUGCCCUGUGGCCAAGCUUAGCUAGUACGCUGUCACAUGGACCACACAAAUCUGAGGCUUUUGUUCUAAAAGAAUGGCAUUUUUAUUUCCUAUAUAUUCUUCUGUUCUCAGCUUUCACCCUUAAGAGUCUGUUUUUAUUCUUGCCAACAAAAACAUGCGGAGGCAGCAAAUCCAACUUUCUCCCUCUUUGUGCCUAAAUCCAGGUUUACAGAUAACUGCAUGGCAGCCACUUCGUCUCUGCAAAUCCUUCCAGUUCAUGUUUCUUUGAUUUUUGUUUGUUUGUUUUUACUUAAUGAUAUUUCCCAUGAAAUAAUAUGACAGCAUAGCUCAAGGUUGCUGUGUCUCACUGUAUCUCCCUCAAGUACAUGCUGAAGAUGAAGUAGUUUAGAAAGAGCACAUGAAGAAUAUGAAAUCGGUGGUCUGCAGUUUCUAGAAUCUAGGCCCCCAGCCUGGCAGUAGGAUUAAUGUGUUAACCACUUCAGCUGCAGUAGCCCCAGCUCCAUAAAUACAUUAGCCAUCUCAUCAAAAAGCAUUUCUGAUGUGUAGCCUGUUUUGCAUUACCCUUAUUGAAGAAAUGUCAGAAAAUCAAAUUAUCUUUUCUUGAAACCUACCAUUACUGUUUUAGACAUAAAUCUGUAAAGACGAGGAAGGAAGCUGGAGAAUGAAGUUAGCAGCUGAGUUCACUGUCAUAUGGGAUUUUUCAGAUUUAGCAAUACAUGACUGGAAUUAUUCCAUUUGCUUUUCAGGCUUUCCAUCUAUGCUGUUAAAUGUAGUUUUCUAAACCAGACAGCAUAGGAAUGAAGUACAUUUCAUUUGUGUUGGAUGAUUCUCAUCUUAACCACUAAAAAAAGGGGAACUGAUUGAAGAGAGUAGUUAAAGGAAACAGGUUCAUAUGUGUGGAUGAAAUGAGGGAGUUGGUUUUGCUUACUUAGAGUUUUAUUGGUGUAAAAUUAGCAAAAAGAUACUAAAGAAUCUGGAAGAGUGAUGAAAGCUGCAAGAGCAAAGGGCAGGUCAGAAGAUAUGAGGAAGUUUAAAGGGGAACAGUACAAAGAGUCGGUGGGGGGAUGAGAAGGAUGGAGUUUUGCUUAAGGGGAGGAACACAGGGCUCUAGUUAGAACUACCUCAAGGCAAAAAACAGCUGCUGAGGUUUUAUCCAUGCCCUCCCCAAAACAAAACACUUUGGUACCUUUUCUCCUGUGAGGUUUAGAACUAUUUCACUGGAAAACAUUUUUGUUAAUUAACAAAAAAAAAAAUGCUUAGUCUUUUUCUUGAGAAUAUGACAUCUAAUAGAAACACCUCAGGUUCUAGGAACUGCUGUGGUAGGAUUUCACCACCUGAGCAUUUUAUUACUGUAAACAGAUUACUGGAUGGUUUCCUCCCCUGUAAUUUGUUUCUCCUGGUUAACACUUCCUGUUGCCUUUACCUUACAGACUGGUAUUUCAAGCACUGCCAGCUGAAGCUGUAGUUCACUUCGUGUGUGUCUACUAACUAUUAUUUCCGACACGCUGGAAAGUUUUCUUUCAAGUACAUGAUUUUAAAGUGACUCUGCAUAGGUACUGAAUCAGCAGUACUGUUUAGGACUAAUUUUUUAUGUUGCUAAUUGCAGCCUCAUAGUUUCUGCCACAUUUUUUCCCUUAGGUAAGGGGAUAUUGAGUUUGUUACACUGUUUAGAUUUACACUUUGCAGACCAAGCAAGUCUUGCUGUCAGCUAUUUCAAGCUACAUACAUUCUUUGUGUAUGUAAUAGCAUGGAUAGGAAAAUACAUAAAGUGUGCUUAUGGGUAUGCAUUUUAUUGCAUUAUAGAUAACACCUAGCAUUCCUCUAUGGCCACUAAUACAUUUCUCCCAUUUUAAAUCAAGAGAACAGGUGAAAAGUCAUAGACAAGUUAGCCCUCUCUACCUGGUUAUAAGCGGGUAGUGUAAACUAAUUUGAAUUUGAUAGUCUAGUACUUCCUUAAUCUGUUUAGGUUUGAAAUAGAUAGUAAAUUGUCUUGAUACAAACAGUAAAGUAACAUUUAAGAGAUAAAAAAUAUUCCCCCUGCUACAGUGCUGUCAGAUUUCAUCUUUGUAUGGAUGUAAACCCAGAGCUGAAAAUCCUGUAACAGCUGAACCUAUUUAUGAAGAUACAAUUUAUGUACAUUGAUAUAAAGAAGCAAAUUUGACUGUGCAUAUGUUUAAGGCAAAUUCUGGUUAAUUAGUUGCACAGAAUUUAGGAGAAGCCAAUAGAGAAAACUAUAUUAUGAUAUAGUCUCUUGUUACUUCAGAAGUGAUUUACAUAGAGAAAGUAACCCUGCCUCUGCUUAGUGAAUUUAUUACAUAUUGUCUAGUCUAACAGCAAGAGCUGAUAUUUUAUAUUCUUCUGUGCUCUGUUUUACAAAACUCCUUGCAAGUCAACUAGUCUCCAAGGCUUUUUUUUUAACCAAGCAGUAAGUUGAUUUUUUUUUUUUCCUGCCACAGUGGUAUCUAAGUUGUCAUGACAAGAAUGAGUCAGUGUGUCAUUGUGAAUGCACUUGUAUUCCUAAUGAAGUUUAUAUUGCAAGCCAAGGAUUUUGUACAAUCUUUCAGGUCAUUUUAAUAAUAGAGUGGAGUGGUCAAAUUCUUACGAUGGUGUUCUGGACUGGUCCUGUUCUAGUGAAGUGUAAGUGAUUUUUUUCAAUGUUUGAGACUGACUUGAACAUUUUCCCUAAAUAGCUGUAUUAAAGGCCUCCCAUGGCAUACGUAAGUCAACUUUGAUUGUUGUGUCUUAAUCUUGGAAACAUGCAUAGUAAAUAUAUUAUGCCAGAACUUCAGUCAGCAUUUUGUAGAUUAAAUAAAAGCUUAAUCACAGUAACAUUCUGGGUGGGAUUUGUAGUGAUGCAAAAAACUCCUGCGUUUUUCAUAAUACUGACUUCCAGAAAGUACUAUUUUUGAUGACAGGAUGCAUUCCCUUUCAUUAAACACAGUUUUAACAUGCAGUUCUACUCCUCUGUUGUCAAAGUGUAUCUCCAUUUUCUUAAUUUCAAUCAUAUUAGCCAGAUAACCUCAGAGGAAGGUAUUAUACUUGGGAAUGCUGGUAACUUAUUUUUGCAACAAAGACUGAACAUUAAAAGAAGAAACUCCUUACCAUUGUAGUUGGCUGUUUCGUGCACACAGCGGUGUAGUGACACGCCAGCCUGUAGCACGCAGCAGCAGCGGGGUUAUGAUACUGAUCGGAAUUCACAUGUACAGAGGCUAUACCAGCACAACUGUUGACAUGGGUACUGAUGCAGAUCUUCACGGGCUUCAAUAGUUCAUUAUAUGAUAAACACCAUGUAAAAAUCAAUGGUUCAUAAGUACCUUAUGGUUAAAUUUGUAUUUUAUAAGGUUUGUAGAUUUUUUCUGGGGAAAAGCAGACUUUUGAAAUACGUAACUUCUGUGUUAAAGAUGCAUGUAUAACUAGAAAAAAAAAAUCUAUGCUUAACUUGAUAAUGAAGGAAUAAAUACUACUAAUGCCAA